UUAUUAUUCAGUCUCAUAGAAGAAGUUUGAUCUUUAAGUUUUGGUAAACUUGUGACUAGUUUACUAGAUAUGGAUAUGUCUUGAGCAUUCGCCGCUGUAAGUUGUAAUCUCUGUACUGUAUUCAAACAACUCACAGAUGCUGUACAAACAAUUAUGAAUCUUUUUGCAAUUUAUAUUUAUCGUAGUGUUUGAUUGGUAGCAUAUUUGGUGGUACACCACUUAUCGCAUCCGUGAUUUGUUCCGUUUGCUAAUGGCUUUGGGGCGAGAACCAGGCUGAGCGGAAAAGGAGACCGUUGGAUGUAUCUCGAGGUUCGCUAUGUGGACCAUUCAUACGAACACAUCCAUUAAUACUUGUAAGGUUUCUUGACAAGAAUGUUUCGUUCUAAAAAGUUAAAACAACUGCAUCGAUCAAAACACUCGAGUGGUCGAGAUAGAGAAUGAGUGCGAGACAAAAACCUCAAAGCCCGUUUUCGAACAGAGAGAAUGUUCGUUCGCCUCUAGAAAACACCUUCUAUUAAAACGACACCGUCUUUUCCUGUGUAGCUCUCUUCUUCUCCGUUCCCUAAACCUUUCGCUCUUGUAUAAUCACCGUUUUCGGGAGACAGUAGCUUAUAUGCGGAAUUUGGAAUCUACCCUUCUUCAAUGUCCGUAACAUGUGAAGGUUAUGAACCAUGUCAGUGACCGGAGUUUCUUCUGCUUUUGGCCGUCUUUUCAAACAUGAUAAAACCCACAAGCGUGUUAUCGCUACACGACCCAAAUUUACAGUGACCCGUCAGAUUCUUGAGCACCUUGAAGGCGGUAAUGUUUCGAAAGCUGUCUCUGUUCUCUUUGCUUCUCCAGAGCCAGUUGGGUAUUGGCUAUACGAGCGUCUUUUCCGUUCUUGUUCCUCGAAAUCUCUUGUUGUGCAAGCCCGUAAAGUCCAAUCCCAUUUAGUAACUUUCUCUCCGUUGCCUCCGAGUUUCCUCUUGAAUAGAGCUAUUGAGGCUUAUGGGAAAUGUGGGUGUGUUGAUGAUGCACGGGAACUGUUCGAGCAAAUGCCUGAACGAGAUGGUGGUUCUUGGAACGCUGUGAUUACUGCUUGUGCGCAAAAUGGCGUCUCGGAUGAGGUAUUUCGUAUGUUUCAUAGGAUGAAUAGAGAUGGAGUACGAGCUACGGAGACUUCUUUUGCUGGUGUUUUAAAGUCAUGUGGUUUAGUCUUGGACCUGAGAUUAUUGAUGCAGCUGCAUUGUGCUGUGGUGAAGUAUGGGUAUUCGGGAAAUAUAGAUUUGGAAACUUCGAUUGUUGAUGUUUACGGGAAGUGUCAGGUUAUGAGUGAUGCGAGAAGAGUUUUUGAUGAGAUUGUAAACCCUAGUGAUGUUUCAUGGAAUGUGAUUGUGCGGCGGUAUCUUGAGAUGGGUUUUAAUGACGAGGCAGUGGUAAUGUUUUUCAAGAUGCUAGAGUUGAAUGUUCGACCUUUGAAUCACACGGUUUCUAGUGUAAUGUUAGCUUGUUCAAGAUCCCUGGCCCUUGAGGUGGGAAAGGUAAUCCACGCCAUUGCUGUCAAAAUUAGUGUUGUGGCAGAUACAGUUGUUUCUACUUCUAUAUUUGAUAUGUAUGUAAAAUGUGAUAGAUUGGAGAGUGCUCGCAGAGUAUUUGACCAAACCAAAUCUAAAGAUUUGAAAUCUUGGACUUCGGCGAUGUCGGGAUAUGCAAUGAGUGGUAUAACUAGAGAGGCAAGGGAGCUCUUUGAUUUGAUGCCUGAACGGAAUAUAGUCUCAUGGAACGCAAUGUUGGGCGGAUAUGUACGUGCCCAUGAAUGGGAUGACGCACUGGAUUUUCUCACUUUGAUGCGCAAGGAGAUUGAAGAUAUUGAUAAUGUCACUCUUGUGUGGAUCCUAAAUGUCUGCUCAGGUAUAUCAGAUGUUCAAAUGGGAAAGCAAGCUCAUGGUUUUAUCUACCGACAUGGAUAUGAUAUGAAUGUAAUUGUAGCCAAUGCACUUCUUGAUAUGUACGGAAAAUGCGGUACCUUGCAGAGUGCCAAUAUAUGGUUCCGCCAAAUGAGUGAACUAAGGGAUGAGGUUUCAUGGAAUGCUUUAUUGACUGGUGUAGCUCGAGUUGGCAGGAGUGAACAAGCCUUAUCUUUCUUUGAAGGGAUGCAAAUGGAGGCCAAACCUAGCAAAUACACACUCGCAACGCUCUUAGCAGGGUGUGCAAACAUUCCUGCAUUAAAUUUAGGCAAAGCAAUCCACGGGUUCCUGAUUAGAAAUGGCUAUAAUAUUGAUGUUGUUAUACGGGGUGCUAUGGUUGACAUGUAUUCCAAAUGCCGAUGUUUCGACUAUGCUAUUGAAGUAUUCAAAGAGGCAGCUACACGGGACUUGAUUCUAUGGAACUCUAUUAUCCGUGGAUGUUGUCGUAAUGGAAGAAGCAAGGAGGUCUUUGAGUUGUUCAUGCUUUUGGAAGAUGAAGGAGUUAAGCCUGACCAUGUCACCUUUUCGGCCAUUUUACAAGCUUGCAUACGUGAAGGUCAUGUCGAACUCGGUUUUCAGUAUUUCAGUUCUAUGAGCACCAAAUAUCUUAUAUUACCACAGAUUGAGCAUUAUGAUUGUAUGGUAGAACUCUACUGCAAGUAUGGAUGCUUGCGUCAGCUUGAAGAAUUUCUCCUCUUGAUGCCUUUUGAUCCACCUAUGCAAAUGUUGACAAUGAUAAAUGAUGCUUGCCAAAGAUACCGCUGGUCAAAGUUAGGAGCAUGGGCUGCUAAACGGCUUUAUGAAUGAUCAUCACCUUCAGCCACCAUUUAUGACUUCAACAAAGAAAGUGUUUCCUGCAGUCAUAUUGGAGGAUAUGCACUUAGAAGGAAUGCAGACAAAUCCGUUGUCUUCUGAAAACCAGGAAGAGCAACAGGAAUGAAGCUGUUGAAACAGGAUGUGAAUAGAAUAGUGAGACAUAAUUAGUCUCUCCUGACUCUCUAAAUCAUUUGUUUUCUUCAGAAGGUUUAAAGCAAUUCACUUCUCGAAGUGGGAUUACCAGGAUUACUCAACCACGCCGUGUUGCUGUCCUUGCCACUGCCAAGAGAGUGG